AUGGGCAAGGUUAAACAUAAAAGUAUAGAUGUAUUCUUUAAAAAAAAAGUAGUCUCUGAAAGUAAAUCAAGUGAUGCUCCUACAAACAUAAUUUCUGAAAGUGAUGCACCUUCUCAAGAGCAACCUCCUUCCAAGUGUCGCAGAAUUGAACAUACUGAUGACAUUAUUACAGUCAGAAAUAAAUUUUUUGAACGUGAUCCAGGCAAACGUAAGCCAAUUUGGGAAUAUUCAGCUAAUGAAGUCGAUGAGAUACAAAGAGCUUAUUUAAUGGUUGGGCCAUAUCAACCUCAAUGCUCCUACCCAUUUUCAAAGGAAAAGCAUCUUCGACGUUUUCAAGCUUCUUGGUUCAAAAAAUUUUCUUCGUGGCUUGAGUAUUCACCUUCUAUAGAUGCUGCAUUUUGUUUACCGUGUUAUCUUUUCACUACAAAGGCCGGUGGGCGACAUGGUUGCAUUCACAAUCAAAGGCUGCGUGUUAAGACUUCAAUUGAUGUUGCUCGUUGGCUUGCUUUUCAAGGAUGUGAUUUUAGAGGGCAUGAUGAGACUAUUAAUUCAAGAAAUAGUGGUAACUUUAUUGAAAUGAUCAAACUUUUGGCAUCUUACAAUGAAAAUGUCGCAGAUGUUGUUCUAAUGAAUGCUCCAUUGACAGCCAAAUAUACUUCACCUCAAAUACAAAAGGAGAUUUUAUAUGUUCUCGCAAACAAAGUGCGAAAACAGAUUUGCAAAGAUAUUGGUGACUCUAAGUUUUGUAUUAUUGUGGAUGAAGCACGUGAUGAAUCCAAAAGGGAACAAAUGGCUCUUGUCUUGAGAUUUAUUGACAAAUAUGGUUUCAUUAAAGAGAGAUUUUUUGAUCUUUAUCAUGUUCAAGAUACAUCAUCUAUGACACUUAAAAAUGCUAUUAGUGAAAUACUCUCGCAUCAUUGUCUUGAUAUUCAGAAUAUCCAUGGCCGAGGAUAUGAUGGUGCUAGUAACAUGCGUGCCUUGAUUGCUGCCUCUAAGGAAGUUUCUUCUGUUUAUCAAUUCUUUCAGAAUUUGAAUUUCAUCAUUAAUAUUAUCAAUGCUUCUUCUAAGCGUCAUGAUCAAUUCCAAGCUGCCCAAAUUUUUGAAUUUGAACGUUUGCAGGCUAUUGAUGAGCUUGAAACUUGGACAGGUUCUAACCAAGUAGGUACACUAAAGAGGGCUAGUGAUCCUAGAUGGGGUUCUCAUUUUUAUUCUAUAUGUAGUCUUCAACGAGGGUAUAAUGAAUCGUGUUCAGUCCUUGAAAAAUUCGUAGUGAAGGCUCAAAUUACUCUCAAAGAGGAGAUGCUACUGCAGCUUAUAAGAUGA